AUGACAUUCAAGCUAAUCAUCACAGUUCUGGAAGGACGAGAGAAACGAGCGUUCCUGCAAGCACAGGGGAUGAAGCUGCCACCUGAAACAACAAGCAGUAUAUAUAAUCGCACAGUUUUCUGGUGGUUGAAUCGGCUUUUUCUCACCGGAUACAAGAAUACCCUGCGGUUCGAUGACUUAUAUCCGCUUGCAUCAGAUAUGAAUUCGGCAAAAUUAGGCACUGCCAUAGAGAAAGUCUGGAUGAAGACCAAGCAGACGAGGCAAUAUGCGCUGCUAAUGACGACUGCAGUCACACUGAAAUGGCCCUUGCUCUCCCCGGUGUUACCCCGUAUUGCAUUGAUUGGCUUCAAGUAUUGCCAGCCGCUCCUCCUAGCGAGUGUGGUCAACUAUGUUCAGCUUUCGGAUGUAGACCGUGACAGAAAUGUUGGCUAUGGCCUGCUAGGGGCAACAGGAAUCCUUCGGAAUCAGAGUCUUGAGAUCAGGAAAGGUCUCUUGAAUGUGAUUACCGGCCCUGUCGGCUGUGGAAAGACUACAUUGCUCAAUGCCCUUCUUGGUGAAAUCAAAAUUUCCAGCGGCAAGGUCAUGAUUGACCACUGCUCAACCGCCUUUUGUCAACAGUCACCUUGGCUCAUCAAUGCAUCUGUCAGGGAGAAUAUCCUUAACCAAUCACCAUACGACGAGGCCUGGUAUAAGAGGGUGAUAUGGUCCUGCGCACUAGAUGAAGACAUAGAACAGCUACCUGACCGUGAUGAUACCGUUGUUGGGAGCCGAGGAAUUAGUCUCAGCGGCGGACAGAAGCAGCGGCUGGCUCUGGCUCGCGCUGUCUAUACCCGAGCACCGUUGGUGGUGCUGGACGAUACAUUGAGUGCGCUCGAUGCGCGGACUGAGGAGUUGGUCUUUGAUCGUCUCCUGUCCAAGAUGGGAGUCUUUUGGCACUUUGGCACAACAGUUAUCCUGGUCACACAUUCGGUGCAACAUCUCCAAUCUGCGGAUAAUAUCAUUGUCUUGGGCUCGGAAGGGCAUAUUGAACAACAAGGGUCGUUUGUAGACCUAAUAACACGAGAUGGCGCUGUCCAACGUUUAUUAGCUGAUUGCCCUCCCAGCACCUUCAAGGCAGCAGAUCACAGUUUGGAAUCAGCUUCACAUACAAUCCCCUCAAGCAAAGCUAGAAUGAGGACAGCACCGUCAUUGCCACAUGCUGCUGCUACAACGAGUCUAGAAAGCAAACCUGUAUCCGAUUCAGCCGUCUUGGUGUACUACCUCAAGUCUAUUGGAUGGUAUCGUGCGUUGGUGUUUCUCACGACAAGCCUAGCGUAUGUGGUCUGCACCAGCUUCACUCAGAUCUGGGUCCAGUGGUGGACAGAAUCGAAGAGUCCUCAGGAUGGGUCCUUCCUUGCGGUCUACUUUGCGCUGGCUGCAGGGGCCAUCGUGAACUACGCUACAACAAUCUGGUGCAUGAUGAUUUCAAUCGUGCCUAUCUCAGCAGCGAGACUGCACUGGCAGCUCCUUGAUGCCGUUAUCCACGCGCCAACGUCGUUUUUCUCAACCGUGGACUCGGGAAUGACCCUCAACCGGUUCAGUCAGGACAUGUCGCUGAUCAACAGUCGCCUGCCCGUGUCCAUGAUGCAGGCAACGCCGAUGGCUUUCCAGGCGCUGGCGCAGAUUGUUCUCAUUGCAAUCGGGUCUACCUACAUGGCCGUUGCAAUUCCCUUCUGCCUCGGCACUACCUGGGUCUUACAGCGCUUCUACCUGCGGACUUCGAGACAGCUUCGCUUACUCGACCUGGAACAGAAAUCACCUUUGUUCUCCAGCAUUUCCGAGACCUUGGAAGGUCUGCCGACCAUCCGCGCGCUGGGCUGGCAGGAGAGAUUCGAACGGCGUAAUCAGGAGCGGCUGGAUGCCUCUCAGCGCCCAGUCUACCUUCUGUACUGCAUCCAGCGCUGGCUGAAUCUCGUGCUGGAUCUCAUAGUUGCCGCACUGGCCGUCCUACUAGUUGGUCUCGUCACGAAUCUGCCAAGCAGCACCAGCGGGGGCCGUCUUGGUGUCGCGAUGCUCAACAUCCUUGGUUUCAGCCAGAGCCUGGCGCAGUUCAUAUUUUUCUACACGGACCUGGAGACAUCGUUACAGGCUGUGUCGCGAGUCAAGGAAUUCGCGGAGACGGCCGUCUCGGAAGAAGCAGACCCCAGCUCUCUCACACAGCCACCAGAUGACUGA